CUCCGAGACAAGGGCACUUCCCCAGAAGCAGGGCGAUGAGGCGGACGGUUUUCCCUGCCGUGGCCGCGGCGAGUGUGGCAUUCAGCCAGAUUUACGUGGACCCGGUGGGAGGUGAUGAUGCGUCUUUAAACGGCAGCCUCGACGCCCCCUUCAAGACCAUUCCUCGAGCGCAAGCCGCUGUGCGAACGCUCCUCGAUCGGCAACGUGCCACCAACACGGCAGCCCCCAUCGAUGUCAUUUUGCGUGGCGGAACGUAUGUGCUUUCGUCCACGUUGGACUUUGGUCCGCAAGACAGUGGCCUCUCGCCGGCCAGCCCCGUUUCGUACAAGCCGUACUGCGAUCCUCUCCACCCAUCCGACGUGUCGAUCUCACCGUUCCCGUAUGUGAUGGGGGCGUCGACACCUCUGCGGUACUUGUGGAACGGUAUGGGCAACGCAUCAUCGUGGCACGGCCCCGACGAUCCCCUCCUCCAGUUGGGCGUGAAUCCACAAAACCGGACCCUGCCGCCCAAACCCGCUUGGUCCGGCUCCACCGACACGUGCGUCGACAAAGUCGGCGUCGGACACACGUGCUAUUCCUCCACGAUGGCGCCGUGUGUCCAAAAUUGCAUGCGUGCGUGCCAGCGCAACGUCGACAAGCGCGUGUACUCGGACGCUGUGUGCCGCGAAUUUCUCCUUUUGUUUGGGCGCGAUCUGACCAAGGAAGAAGAGUGUGUCGAAACAUGCUCGGUGUCGUGCACAACAUGCGACAAGGUGACCAUCUCGAGCAUGCACAGCAUCGUGAACGGGUCGUGGACGCCGUACACGCCGCCGCCCACGUGGCACCAGCCGCAAGCUCCAAUCUAUGUCGUCAGCUUGAGUACGCUUGCAAUGGUGGAUCCGCCGUCCGAGCUGUACCUGAACGGCAUGCGACUACCUCGAGCGAGCGCUCCCAAUGUUCUCUUUUCGAGCAACGACACGACGUGGACUCCGCAGUACGCUCCAGUGGUCAAGUCGACGUCGACGGGGCGCAUCUUGGUGUACAACGCGACAACGCUGUCACAAAAAUCGAGCCACUGGACCAACUUGGCAUCGGCCCAAGUCGACCUUGUCCGAGCAGGCGGAGGCAACACUCGCCACGGGAUUUACCGCAUGAGCCCGACCACCAUCGACUUGGACGCUGGAGGCGGCCAAAUGAACGGCGACGAAUACUUUGGUGGGCCUGCUUGGGCUUCCGUGAACGGAUUUCGAGUCGAAAACGUGUUUGAGGAGCUGGAUGCGCCAGGCGAAUGGUACUACGACACGACCACGUCCGAGCUAUACAUGAUACCGCCACGCGGUGUCAUUCCUACUGAAGCCACAAUAGAAUUUCCUCGGCUCAAGCAGCUAGUCCGAGUGCGGGGGACCCCCGGUAUCGACGUGGGAUAUUCGGAGCCCAGCCGUGACACGAUGGUGACGGCUGCCGAGACAGAGACAGCACACCCUGCCUCGCAAGCGCUUUGGGCGUCCAACUUGGAGUUUGACGGGCUAGAGUUCACGGGUACCCAGCGCACCGACAUGGAACUCUACGAGACGCUACCAGGCCAUCCGUGGACCCAAACGCGCGUCGGUGCCAUCUACAUUGAAAGCGCCCAGGACGUUCGUGUCGAGCAUUGCACGUUUUCGAAAUUGGGUGGGAAUGCGAUUUUUGUGUCUGGACGCACCGAGCGCAUCCACGUUGUACUCAACCACUUCACACAAAUUGGAGCGACCGCGGUCGCCAUUGUGGCCAAAUCGGUGGCCCCCCACGACCCAACCCACGCUAGGCAGUUUCUCCAUUCACGGCGGGCCAUCGUCUCGUACAAUCAAAUGCACGAUUACGGUCUCGUCACGCGGCAGAGUGCAGCUGUCCUCGUCGUCGGGACGAGCCAAACUACUGUGUACGGCAACCUAGUGUUCGCGAUUCCCACAGGGGGCGUGAGCUAUAGCAAUGCCAAUGCGAAUGCGGAUGGUGCCCUUUCUCGGUUGCUAGUGCGACCACUAGACACGCCAGUCCAGCUCGUGGAAACUCUGGCCCCCGAACUCGGGGGCUUGUACACCACUCGGUUGAAUCUGGGUCGCCUUGACAGAGUCGCGUACCCUCUCCAAGCCAAAAUCAUCGGAGGCCCAGAGUGUGCGCCAGCCCAAGGCCGCGUGGGAUCGUUGUAUGGCCAGCAACACGCAGGGUGCUCAGACUGCUGCUUAACGACACAUGGGACGGCGGGAAUUCGAAACUCCGCGCUGGGCAUCUCUGCGUUUACGUUGCAAGUUCCAGUCGAACCGACCAACGUGUUGGACAUCCAGGUCCAAUCCGCGAUGUACUUUGACGCGCCCGUCGACGUCCAUGUGGGAUUUCACUUGGUCACGCCAAAUCGACUGGUCGAACUGCCGACAUGGCGUGUGCAUUGGAGAGUUCGUACGCGGUUCUGCGUCGAGCAGAGCUCCCAGCAAACCGUGGCGUGUGCUGGGCCAUGUGGUUGCCAUGUAGCUGCAGGGGUUGUCAACAUGCCGCCGUGUCCUGCAGGGUUUGAUGUUCAGCCGACAAGUCUGGCAUGCCUCGGUCCGUCUCUGUUCAACGUGCUUCAUCCGGUCGUGCAUGACAAUGCAUGGCAUUAGGGCCAUUUCAAGCAUGGAGCACAUGCGAGACAGGGACGAUGGCGCGAGUGUUGUAUUACAACUGCACCCAGAUGUGCCUUCGCAGCGUGUGCGUCUGAAGAUGGCGUGAAUCAUGCAGUGGCACGCCGCGAGCGCAUCGCAAAUGCGCACCCUCGGCGUUGAGCUUCAGGAGGAGUUAUCCGGAUAAUGACAUUGAAUGUCCCCA